GAAAAUAAAGAAUCAUCAUUUAAUACCCUCCACCCUUAUUCUCCACCCCCUCUCUCCCCCUCUCUUUUUCCGAGUCCGAGGAUCGAGCCGGGAGACAGUCGACAGGCGUCGUAAGCAAGCGACGCUUCUUUAAAAAAUGUAUUUAUUUACCAACAAAUUACCGUAACUUGAUAUCUCGGACUUUUACCCGCGCUGUCUAAUACGAUUGUACGUGCUAGUUGUAUGCGUAAGUUGGAUAUGCGCAUCUGGAUCCCGAAGUGUUGAUGAAGACAUCUGGCGUUUAAAUCUAAGCUGUUCAAGGAACGUUUGUCUCGCGCGCGACUCAAGCCGUCUCGACGGGUCACGUACCGCGGAAACCAGACGUCAGUAACGAGGUGGAUCAUAGCCAUGCUGUCGCUGGACGAGCCCCUGGACCUGAAGAUUCCCUCCAGCCGUGACAGGACGAUAAGAACAUCCAUCUGCGCCCCACUGCAAUUCGCUCGUGCACGAAUAUCACGAGCAUCACGCGUAUCCAGCCCUGAUACAACAGAUGAGAAAGACAUGUCAGACUCUUCAUCCACAGUGGUGGAUCUGAGCCUGUCCCCAUCCUCCUCUCCCUCACCACCAUCUCCCAUAGACAGCGGUGCCAGCUGGAGUCCGCCUCUGCUGGCUGCAGAAUCAGAAAGCUCAGUUUACCAUGAGGAGAGCGCCUCUCCGCCUCCGGGUUUUCGGUUCUUCCUUCCCAUUGGAACAGAAGGUCCUCUGCGCCUGCCUUCCUCGAUGUUGAUUGGUCAGCACUCGCCUGAGCCCUCAGUGGACGAGCAGCUGGCCUGCCGCUGGCUAAAGUGCCAUCUGCUGUUCGAGAGCCUGCAGGACCUGGUGAAUCAUGUGAAUGACUCACAUGUGAAACCAGAGAAGAAUUCGGGAUACUGCUGUCAAUGGGAGGGUUGUGCACGCAAGGGUAGAGGCUUUAACGCCAGGUACAAGAUGUUGAUUCAUAUUCGCACUCACACGAAUGAGAAACCUCAUCACUGCCCUACCUGCCACAAGAGUUUCUCUCGGCUUGAGAACCUCAAAAUACACACGCGCUCACACACAGGAGAGAAGCCCUAUAUUUGCCCUUAUGAAGGCUGCAACAAACGUUACUCAAACUCCAGUGACCGUUUCAAACACACGCGCACGCACUACGUGGACAAGCCCUACUGCUGCAAAAUGGUGGGCUGUCUGAAACGCUACACCGACCCCAGCUCUCUCCGCAAACACAUCAAGGCACACGGCCAUGCCGUGGCCCAGAAACAGAGCAGCUCGCCCAGGGUGGACGGUCUGCGAAGAGGAAUUUAUGCCGAAGGAGAAGGUGCCUCAACGGUGAUGGAUCCUCAUUACCCCGGAGGGGCUCAUUACUUCCUCCCAGGGGCGGUGACGGGCUUGCUAGGGGCUCACGCCUUGCACACCCUUGCGGGGCCCCUUGGAGGUCACCCCCUGGAUCUGUCCAUGCUCAGCCCGCUUUUAGGAGCAGGGCCUGUACUGUACCCCAACCCUAGCGCAUUAGGGAUCGGUAAGGUGCCGAUGCUUCACCCCUUGUUGUUACCGUCCCUAGGGCUUAGUGGGGGGCAGAUGGAAAGAGGAAUGGAGGAAGAGGAGGAUAUUGAUGAGGAUGAUGAUAAGGGCAGGUUGGGAGCAAGGCGGAGCCCCCCAUCAUGGGUUGUGAUCCCCCCAGGCAUGCUCUUUUUGAAACAGGUGGUGACCACAUAGGGAGACUCUAUGUAGUUUUGUGCACAGGUCUGAUUUUUGGGAAUGACGAAUGAGAUCAUACUAUAAGUUUAGUAGGUUACAAAAUUCAAACAUUUAUUUUCGUAAUUCCCAACGCAGUGACUCGGCAUUUGAUUCAUAUGCUGUAUGACUUUAUAUAUUUGCUUUAUAAACUUCAAAAAGCACGUGUUAUAUCUGACGAGAAUCUUCUAUUUGAUUCGAGGGCGAAGCUUCAUAAAUCAGAGACACACCUUGAUUCCGCCAAAUGAAUCUUCCGGAAGGUCAGCCUCAUUUUCUGACUUAAAUAUUUUAAAGGCUGACUCAUAAAAUCGACCCACAGUGGGCAAACAAAAAUAGCAGGAUAUGCUAAAGCAAACAUACUAUAUGCUAUCCAAACAGAACAUAUUUACAUUAUAGAUGAAAGCAUCUAAUGCAACUAACAAACAGAGGAAUGUGAGCAACAUCGCUUUACCCUUGCUUCCACAUCAAGGGAAAAAAAUCUAUCAUUGGCAACCAAAUUCAUAAAACAUUCAGGUCAACUUAAUUGAAAUUGUGGGUUUGGGACCAAAGCGAAUGUGAGCUUUAGACAACAAUGUGAGCUUUAGACAUUUGGCACUUUAGAAAUAAGCAGAAUAAAGAACAAAAUGCAAAAAUGAAAGGUACGGAUGUUGAAUUAUUGGAACAUGCCGUUCAAUCCUAACUGAAACUAUUUCCUGAAUCUGUUAAUGAAAAUGUGCCUGAUAAAACUUUAGAUUGUGGCCAUAAAGGUAGGUAACAGAUCAAUAAACAGGACUUUGAAGUGGGUAUUUCAAUAAAACUGAAUUAUAAAAUAAUUACCGGCUUAUAUUCUUAAAAAAAUAUUAUUUUACCUGAUGCUUCUGAAGUGCUUCUGUUUGUCUGAAGACGAGACAUUGGUUGUGUCAGAACCUCUAUGUAUUUUUGUGACUCAAGUCUAUUUAGACUCCUCUCUGUAACCCGUUACUAAGUUCAGUGACUAGCGAUUAUUUUAAUGCAUGGUUGACCUGUCUCAUGUCCAACCGGAUCCCAAUUGGAAUCCCAUAUGUAACAUUUUACACAUGACGAUUUGCAUACAGCUUGUUUGAUUAAGUCGCACAUGCACAACCGAAGAAUGCUACGACUACGGCUUGAGUAUUUUAUGAUAUAUUUGCACAGUUGGAUAUUUUAUCAAACGUAUUUUUACCAGUACCAAGUGCCUUCUAUUGUAAGGUUGUUAUUGACGAAAUAUAAUGUAUGAAGUACAUUUGGAUGUAUAUUGUCAAUGUAUGUAUAUUUUAUGUGAAUUCAAUGGGCUACUAUGUAACGUUUGUUUUUUAAUGACAUUGAGGCUAUUGCUUCAUGAGCUCAUGCUGAUGAGUGUCUUACCCUACCACAGGACGUCUGUCAAAGUGACCGGAAUGAAAUGUAUGAUAUAGAUAGGAACC